CCGGGGGGUGGGGGGGGGGGGGACGCGGUCCCUGCGGUCGGUCAGUCUGUCUGCGGGGCGCAGGAUCGCGUGGAAGGUUGCUGCAAGCUCCCAGGCGCCGCCUCCGCUGCACGCAGUCCGAUUCCGUGCAGCCUCUGCCGACCGAGCUCCUUCGCCGCUGCCGGACCCGGACCGCCCGCCUCCCGCUGCCCGCUCUCCCGCCCCUCCGGCCCCGGCGCCAAACGAGGAGGUGGGCAGCCACGCCGGCCAUGGACCGCCGGAGCUGAAGAGCCUCAGCGAAGCCCCUGGCCCUCGCGUCUCUUCGCCCUUUUCCCUGGAAAGGCGGGGGGAAAGAGGGGGACUAACCAGAAGAGAGAGAGAAGAGGGUGGGGAGGGGAAACCGGUGUCUCCCCCGGGGGCAGUCGCGCAUGUCCCCGAACCCACCAGAGGCAGAACUUUAAGGGACGACUUUUAUCAGUUUGCUCCCACCUUUUUGCCAAACCCUAAAAUGAAAGGACAAAAGUUGGCGCUGACUCUGGUAGCUCGGAUGACGACUGGAGCGUUUUCAGCGGCAUCUCCAGGAGAAAAACCCGUGUGCGUCUGAUUGUUCUGUGGCCCCCAAGCUGCAGUGCGCGUGUGUGUGGGGGGGUGUGUUUGGGUGUGUGUCUGUGUGUGUACACAGACGUCCACACACUCGCUCGCGGCCGCGGGAUCAGCGCCUGGAAGCAGACGUUUCGGCCACAGACUCAGACUCUUAGAGGAGGAGCUGGCUAUCGGGAGGCGUGAGCCGCCAAAAGUCUGCAGGAUCCUAGUGUGAAUGAACCGGAGGCACCUGGGCGCAGGGAUCACCUCCCCCACCCCCCGCCCUGGGCCAGAGUUGAGUGGUGGGGCAUUUUUUUUUUUCACCCUCUUGUGAAGAAUUUUUUUUUUUUUUUAUUAUUUGUUGUAAAGUCUUUUGCACAAUCACGCCCACAUUUGGGGUUGGAAAGCCCUAAUUACCGCCGUCGCUGAUGGACGUUGGAGAGGGAGCGCCUCGCCGAGGAACAGUCGCCUGCGCGCCCUCGCCGGACCCGUGGCUCCCUUGUUGCGCGCCGGCCAGGUUCUGCUCCUGCUGCCGGCAGGCGGACUUCGGCGCCCCCUCGGUUCCCGCGCGCAUCCCAGCGCUACUCUGGCUUGGACACCCAAACUCGAACGCUAGUGACGGCUUAGGCUCCAGUCCCCAGAGCCUGCCGGACGAGCCGUGGAGAAAGCCGCAGCUCUGCGCAGGAUCGUCUCCGCAGGCUUAACGAGGCCGCUCCGCUUGGAUUCUUCGGCUCUGGUGGGGACUUCCUCCCUGCGCCCCCUCCCCCUCGCAAUGAAGAAGUCGAUUGGAAUAUUAAGCCCAGGAGUUGCUUGGGGGACGGCUGGAAGGGCAAUGUCUUCCAAGUUCUUCCUAAUGGCUUUGGCCAUAUUUCUCUCCUUCGCCCAGGUUGUAAUAGAAGCUAAUUCUUGGUGGUCGCUAGGUAUGAAUAACCCUGUUCAGAUGUCAGAAGUAUAUAUCAUAGGAGCGCAGCCUCUCUGCAGCCAACUGGCAGGACUUUCCCAAGGACAGAAGAAGCUCUGCCACUUGUACCAGGACCACAUGCAGUACAUCGGAGAGGGCGCCAAGACGGGCAUCAAGGAGUGCCAGUAUCAGUUCCGACACCGGAGGUGGAACUGCAGCACCGUGGAUAACACCUCUGUCUUCGGCAGGGUCAUGCAGAUCGGCAGCCGCGAGACGGCCUUCACGUACGCGGUGAGCGCCGCGGGGGUGGUCAACGCCAUGAGCCGCGCCUGCCGCGAGGGCGAGCUGUCCACCUGCGGCUGCAGCCGCGCCGCGCGCCCCAAGGACCUGCCGCGGGACUGGCUGUGGGGCGGCUGCGGCGACAACAUCGACUACGGCUACCGCUUCGCCAAGGAGUUCGUGGACGCCCGCGAGCGGGAGCGCAUCCACGCCAAGGGCUCCUAUGAGAGCGCGCGCAUCCUGAUGAACCUGCACAACAACGAGGCCGGCCGCCGGACGGUGUACAGCCUGGCCGACGUGGCCUGCAAGUGCCACGGGGUGUCGGGCUCCUGCAGCCUCAAGACGUGCUGGCUGCAGCUGGCCGACUUCCGCAAGGUGGGCGACGCCCUGAAGGAGAAGUACGACAGCGCGGCGGCCAUGCGGCUCAACAGCCGGGGCAAGCUGGUGCAGGUCAACAGCCGUUUCAACUCGCCCACCACCCAGGACCUGGUCUACAUCGACCCCAGCCCCGACUACUGCGUGCGCAACGAGAGCACCGGCUCGCUGGGCACGCAGGGCCGCCUGUGCAACAAGACGUCGGAGGGCAUGGACGGCUGCGAGCUCAUGUGCUGCGGCCGCGGCUACGACCAGUUCAAGACGGUGCAGACCGAGCGCUGCCACUGCAAGUUCCACUGGUGCUGCUACGUCAAGUGCAAGAAGUGCACGGAGAUCGUGGACCAGUUCGUCUGCAAGUAGUGGGCGCCCCGCCGCCCGCCCGCCCCCCGGCCCCACUCCCAGGACCCACUUAUUUAUAGAAAGUACAGUGAUUCUGUUGUUGGGUUUUUUUUUUUAAUGUGUUUUCCAUCCCCAAGAAUUGCAACCAGAACCAUUUCCACCCCCUGUUCCCAUCUGAGAACUCUGUGGUUAAUAAUAUUAUAAUUAUUAUUUGGCAAUAAGGGGGUUGGGAACCAAGAAAAUAUUUAUUUUGUGGAUCUUUGGAAAGGUAAGGCAAGACUUGUUUCGAUGGUAUAAUGGAUGGGGGGAUAAAACAUGCCCUUGCUGAGAUGUGUGCACGUCUGGAGGCCAAGGAAACAUUGUUUCCUUUGUCUCAGUGUUCUAUGGGACAGGUGGCACCCCACUGCACGAGGGGGGCAGAGCCAUGCAUGACUCAGCAUCUGUGACCAGAAGGGGUUCUGUGCUCUGGGGAAGCCAGGAGGGCCUGAGAAACAGAUAAAACAAUGAGAACCCCACCCCCGGUCUUUCCCCGGGGCUGCCAGCCUGAAGUAUUUCCAAAAUGUAUUUAAAAUUUAAGAAUGAGAAUCUCAUUUCCCUUUAAGAAAGGUUUAUCACAUGUCUCACUGUCCUCCAGCAUUCCAUCUACAGCUGGUGCAUUCUAUUAGCUACUGAAACCUGGGGAGCAGGGAGAGAAGCCCCAGACAUUAAAAAAACAACAACUCCUUAUAUUGAGUCAGUUGACUUAACAUUCAAAGCUGUUGUGAGAAUCAGGUUAUCCACUUGGAAAAGGAUCCCUGAAUGAUUCUGGUACCAGACUUUUUGUUUGGAGAAGGGCAGAGAGGUUGGCUUGGCGAUAAAGGAAAAUAUACUGUAAUUUUCUUAGGGAUACUUGGUUAAUAAAUGAUAAUAAUGAAAAUAACACAUGAAUUCCAUUCACAGAUCCUCAGCCCGAACUACAAGGUAAUUGUGUGCAGUUCAGCCCUGCACCAAAGCAGAAAACCUAUUUGAGGGGAAAAAGUGACCUCCGCCCUCCCUCCUUGACCCCGAGCCCCCUCCGAUUCCGUGCCUUGCUGCGCUGCGGCCUCGUUUCCAAGCGGAGCUCCACCGGGUCCCCUCUGAUUGUAGGACAGGAAAUGAAACCUUAGGAGCUCCGCUUGGAAAACAGCUUGCUACUUGGGGAUUUUAUUCCCCUUACAACUUUUAUUUCGAGGAACAGUAGUCUUCUAUGUUUUCAUGACAUCACUUGGCGAAUGGGCUUCACAGAGGUGUGGCAGCAUUUCUGUCUUCUGAUCCUGUGCUCAGACUCUCCACUGACGCUUCCUGUUCCUCUGCAGGUGUACCUGGAACUGUUCCCGGUGGACUUGAACAGUUGGCUUUAUAAGGGGGGGAUUGGUUCAAUGGUACCUGAUAGCUCAGUCUCUUGUACAUAACAUACAUAUAUAUAUAUAUAAAUAUAAUUAUAUAUCAGUGCAGCCAGUGAUUUAGAUUUACAGUUUACUCUGGGGUUAUUUCUUCGGUCUAGAGCCUUGUGGUCCUCCACUGCAAUCCAAAUGGGAUUUCCCCCGACGGUUUCUAAGUUGAGCUCGGGCUGUGGCCCUGAUGCCAUUACAUGCUGAGCAUCACGAAGGAGCUGUGUUUCUGAGGAAUCUGGAAGGUCUUAGUCAUGGGCAUGGUGGUUGGAAGAUUUCUUUGGUCUCCCUGCUCCGUCCCCUGGUUCUCCAGCCUCGUUUUCUGAACCCUUUCUGGAGAGGGCAUUACUUGUUCAUUACAGAGGUGGGAAUGAAGAGGACACGCUGUCAGCAUUUCUGUCUCCUUUGCUCACUCUGCAGGGUGGAACUUGGUGCCCGUUAGACCUGAGGGCACCUGUACCGAGUCCCUAGGGAAAAUCCAGCUCACAACAUCUUUAGCUAGUUUAAAAAAACAAAAACAAAAAACCAGGACAUCUCUUUGCAAAGAGUGCCAUCACCUGUGUUCUCAUCUUGUACUGUUUGAGAAGUUUGGGAGAGACACGUUCUCCUGCAGCCCUCACAGGCUCAGUGGCCCUCAGGUCACCCCGGCCACCUGCGGCUCUUAUUGCACAAGGAUAUUCACUCCCCCUGCCCCCAGCUGCAGUGAAUUGCAAGCAAAAGAUCUUGAAAGUAAAAAGCACUAAUUAGUUUAAAAUGUCACUUUUUUGGUUUUUAUUAUACAAAAACCAUGAAGUAAUUUUUUUUAUUUGCUAAACCAGAUUUUUUGUUCCUUUCUAGUGAUUCAUGUUUAUGAAGAGAGUUGAGUUUAACAAUCCUAGUUUUUAAAAGAAACUAUUUAAUGUAAAAUAUUCUACUUGUCAUUCAGAUAUUAUGUAUAUCUUCUAUGGCCUUUAUUCUGUACUUUUAAUGUACAUAUGUCUGUCUUGUGUGAUUUGUAUAUUUCACUGGUUCAAAAACAAACAUUGAAAGGCUUAUGCCAAAUGGAAGAUAGAAUAUAAAAUAAAAUAUUACUUGUAUAUUGGUAAGUGGUUUCAAUUGUCCUUCAGAUACUUCAUGUGGAGAGUUUUUGAGAAAACAUGAGGGAUAGUUUAGGGGUAACUACAUGUCAGAAUAAUAGAAGAGUGGAGAAUUUUACCAAAACCAAACUAUUUGGGAGCUUCAAAAGAUUUCUAUAUGUAACGGAACAAAAGGGGAAUUCUCUUUUCCUAUAUAUGUUCCUCAAAAAAAUCAAGCAGAUGGCUUAAAGCUGGUUAUAGGAUUGCUCACAUUCUUUGAGCAUUAUGCAUGUAACUUAAUUGUUUUAGAGCGUGUUGGUAUUGUAGCAUCUCAGAGGAGAACUGAAAAGGCACAUGCUUUUAUCCAUGAACAGAAUUUUAGUGCAAAAAAAGUGUAUUUGUGUUCACCACUGCAGCUAGUGCGCCACUCUAUUUGAACUUCCUGUGUAUGGAGUGUCUCUUCGCCCCUUGGAAAGUAGUUUUAUUAAAAGCAAGCCUCAAUCUGCAGAGAAUGAAGGAAACUGAAGGUUCGUUGUGUUAAGUGCAAUUAAUACGAGCCCUCGUGCUUCUUGAAGGCGCAGUGAGUCUGGGCCGCGACGCACAGACUGAUACGUUAGCCCCUUGCUUUUUUCUUGGAUAACCUUGUAACAUGUUGAAACCUUUUAAGGAUGCCAAGAAUGCAUUAUUCCACAAAAAAACAGUAGACCAACAUAUAGAGUGUUUAAAAUAGCAUUUCUGGGCAAAUUCAAACGCUUGUGGUUCUAGGACCCACAUCUGUUUCAGUUUUUCCUCAGUUGUAUAUUGACCAGUGUUCUUUAUUGCAAAAACAUAUAUUCGAUUUAGGAGCGUCAGCAUAUUUUUUUUUUUCUUCUCAUCCUGGACUGCAUUCAAGAUCUUCCCAAUACAGGAAAAUUAACAAAAAAUUUAUAUACAGGCAGCAGCAAACGGAGAUAUAUGUUCAAAAUAGUAAUUAUGGGCUUAAGUAAAAGGAAGGCUGUUUUAAGCUUUAGUCCAGUAUAUCUGUUCAGUUCUUUGAGCUGUUGACCUCCCGAGACUGGCACUGUUCAGUAGGCCAUGCAAACCCUCUGCUUGUUCUAUUUUCCAAUACAGUUUUCAAUUUGUUUUUGUAAGACCUUAUUCAAGCCACCAGAAUCAUCAAAGAUGACAUGCUAGCACAAGUAUUCCAAAUAAGAGACUGUCACAGGCUGACUCCUAGAGAUCAUUAGCAAAAGCAGCCCCCAAAGAGUGAGUGAUCCAUAAUGUAAAUAGAGACAGCUAGAAAAAGUACUAAUAACUUAAAGGAUAUAUAUAUAUAUGAUGCAAAUACACACCAAGGCAUAGGUCUGCAGUACUGCAUUAUCACUGUAAAAUAUACUUCUAAAAUAUUUAUUUUUUUAAAAGUAUUUGUUACUCUCCCCUCUCUGUGGAUUGGUGAGAGCCAGAUGCAGAUGCUAUACUUUGAAAGUAAGACAAUGAAAUGCAUUCUUAAUAUUGGAAACAGCAAUGCAGGAAUUAAAACUGAGUAAAAGAAUCUUCCAAUUUACCUAUUCACACAGACCUUAUAUUUAACUCUGAUGACUGGAUAAUAUUUUAAUGUUAGAGAAACAGCAUCUUGUUAGCCAACUUUUAAAAAAUGGAUGUGGAAUGAUUAAAGGCCGGUAUGAUUUUUUCUUAAAAAUGUAUCAAUUUUAAUCUAGAAGAUUUAAUUAACAUGCUGUCUCUGUAUUUCAGAGGCAAACAAGAAAUGAGGAAAAUUGCGUUGUAGACCAGUUUUACGUGCAGUGUACUAUUUGUUGGGCUAGAAAUGAGAUAAAGAUUAUUUAUUUUUGUUCAUAUCUUGUACUACUUUUCUAUUAAAAUCAUUUUAUGAAA